UCAGUGGUUCCGCACAACAAAGCGCAACCUUCCGGAAAAUUCGAUACAGCUUUCGAGAAUGAGGACAUACGUAAAUUGAUCCAAACUUUCUCGUAUCUUCCUGAAUCAAAACGAAAUCGUCAGCGUGACGCAUAUACCAGUCUAACAUCCUCUCCAAAAACAUCCCCAGGACCAAGCUCGCCCAAGUUCAAUGGCGACCGCAUCGAUUUCAGGAGGGCCAAGUCUUCAGAUAAUGACAUAAUAGGCACGACACUAGUCAGUAUACCCGCCGACCAACCCAGUAUAACCGUGUCCUCGCGCUAUUUUCCGACGGGGACUGAUAUUCCACCUCAAUGCCUUACGAAUUGCGAAACACCUAAUAGAGCAAAUGGUAUACCCGCCGGCUCGCUGGAUUCGUCGGCGCCACCAGCUUAUGACGAUACAGACUGGGGACAAUUUCAAGCAAGAAUUGCGGCUGCCCCGGAUUCGGCCACGUACGAGGACUUGUUAUUACUCGAAGAGUUUAGUGGCCCGGCAGGACCUUCAACUCAGUCGACAGACGGAGAGCGAAUCUUUAACGUCUCCAUCGCACUUGUAGAAGUCAUCAAUCGCCGAAUGAAUAAAGAUGGGAAGGCCAAACUAAAGCUUGCUGUCGCUGGAACAAGAGUCGACAA